AUGGGCUAACAAAUUUGAACUCGGUGUUUCUACGUGCAUACCCCCCUCGGCAAGGGUAUCAGCUGUGUGCAAUUGCACUUCCAUUCCCCCUUUGCAGUGGAGCACAGGUUGUUCACAGCACUGAAUCUGCCCCUGCAAACACCACGUGUGUCAGCGUUCCUGUGCGUCCCUCUUCAGCCAGUGGAAGAAGCUUCCAUGCAGUAUCAAUCUCCGCACGACUGUGUUGGUCGAAAACAGAACUCGCAGUGUUUGUACGUGCGUACCCCCCUCGGCAAGGGUAUCAGCUGUGUGCAAUUGCACUUCCAUUCCGCCUUUGCAGUGGAGCACAGCUUGUUCGCAGCACUGAAUCUGCCCCUGCAAACACCACGUGCGUCAGCAUUCCUGUGCGUCCCUCUUCAGCCAGUGGAAGAAGCUUCCAUGCAGUAUCCAUCUCAGCACGACUGUGUUGGCCGAAAACAGAACUCGCAGUGUUUGUACGUGCGUACCCCCCUCGGCAAGGGUAUCAGCUGUGUGCAAUUGCACUUCCAUUCCGCCUUUGCAGUGGAGCACAGCUUGUUCGCAGCACUGAAUCUGCCCCUGCAAACACCACGUGUGUCAGCAUUCCUGUGCGUCCCUCUUCAGCCAGUGGAAGAAGUUUCCAUGCAGGUAUCCAUCUCCGCACGACUGUGUUGGUCGAAAACAGAACUCGCAGUGUUUGUACGUGCGUGCCCCCCUCGGCAAGGGUAUCAGCUGUGUGCAUUUGCUCGUCCAUGCUGCCUUUGCAGUGGAGCACAGGUUGUUCACAGCACUGAAUCUGCCCCUGCAAACACCACGUGUGUCAGCGUUCCUGUGCGUCCCUCUUCAGCCAGUGGAAGAAGCUUCCAUGCAGUAUCAAUCUCCGCACGACUGUGUUGGUCGAAAACAGAACUCGCAGUGUUUGUACGUGCGUACCCCCCUCGGCAAGGGUAUCAGCUGUGUGCAAUUGCACUUCCAUUCCGCCUUUGCAGUGGAGCACAGCUUGUUCGCAGCACUGAAUCUGCCCCUGCAAACACCACGUGUGUCAGCAUUCCUGUGCGUCCCUCUUCAGCCAGUGGAAGAAGCUUCCAUGCAGUAUCCAUCUCAGCACGACUGUGUUGGUCGAAAACAGAACUCGCAGUGUUUGUACGUGCGUGCCCCCCUCGGCAAGGGUAUCAGCUGUGUGCAUUUGCUCGUCCAUGCUGCCUUUGCAGUGGAGCACAGGUUGUUCACAGCACUGAAUCUGCCCCUGCAAACACCACGUGUGUCAGCAUUUCUGUGCGUGCCUCUUCAGCCAGUGGAAGAAGCUUCCAUGCAGUAUCAAUCUCCGCACGACUGUGUUGGUCGAAAACAGAACUCGCAGUGUUUGUACGUGCGUACCCCCCUCGGCAAGGGUAUCAGCUGUGUGCAAUUGCACUUCCAUUCCGCCUUUGCAGUGGAGCACAGCUUGUUCGCAGCACUGAAUCUGCCCCUGCAAACACCACGUGUGUCAGCAUUCCUGUGCGUCCCUCUUCAGCCAGUGGAAGAAGCUUCCAUGCAAUAUGCAUCUCCGCACGACUGUGUUGGUCGAAAACAGAACUCGCAGUGUUUCUACGUGCGUACCCCCCUCGGCAAGGGUAUUAGCUUUGUGCAUUUGCUCUUCAA